AUGUUUUUAUUGUCACCCAAAUUAGAAAAAUUCCAGAGGCACGGAGCUCUCGUCUCGUUCUCCGCCUCCCAAAAGACGACGACAAGGCGCACAACUCUGAAACUUCGCACCCUCAACGGCGGCGACGGACCUCUGCUCCGAGCCCUAGGCUCCGAGUGGCAACACUUCAGUUCCUGUACAAUACCUGAAAACCCUAGGCUCCGACUCGGAGUGGCAAGACCUCCAGACUUCCGACUCAAUUUUACAAUGAACAAAGGAGGGGCAGGUGGUGGCACAAGUGGGGCAGGUGGUCCCACAGCUGCAGCAGCAGCUGCUGCUGCCCAAAACAGAAAUCUUUGCAGCAGAGAGUUGAUAAUGAUAUUGGAAGUAUUGUUGACAAUUUCAGCAUUGUUGUUAAUGUUGCAAGGGUCAAUGAUCCUCCUGUCAGAAACUCACAAGAAGCUUUCAUGAUGGAAGUGCGUGCAUCAAGAAUGGUACAAGCAGCGGAUUCUUUGCUGAAAUUAGUAUCAGAGUUGAAGCAAACCGCAAUAUUUUCAGGAUUUGCAUCAUUGAAUGAUCAUGUGGAACAGAGAACAGAGGAACUAAACCAUCAAGCUGAAAAGACUGAUAAAAUAUUAGCUAGAAUUGGUGAAGAUGCUGCUGCUAGCCUUAAGGAAAUGGAAUCACAUUACUAUUCAUCUGUUGUUAGGUCAACAAAAUCAAACCAACAAUUUCAUCAUCAAUGAACAUUAAUUAUGUCAAUUUGUAUGCUAUUUAAUCACUAGAUGUGUUUUUGUUACUUUAGUCUUUUGCAAGAUUCAAACUUGAAAACAUAAACUUUGUAUGUUUUGUGUUAAAAGUUAAAACCAAGGG